CUGUGGGCCUAAUCCCCCCAUGCUGGGCGCCAGCCUAUAAAAGGGACGCAUGUUUGCUUUCAAUACACACGCUGACGCGCUGAUUGAGACAGAGAGCGGCUACUGACUAACACACAGUCAUCAUGUCCACUGGUGGAGAGAAGUCCAAGCCUGCCUCCCAGCCUGAUGGGAAGGCUGCUCAAAUUCAGAAGAGAACCGAGAUGGGCGUGGGAAACUACAAGAUGUAUGUGUAUGAUCAGGAGAACUUUCAGGGCCGUAUGAUCGAGAUCUCCAAUGAGUGCAUGAACGUGUGUGAAAUGGGCAUGGAUAGAGUGCGUUCCCUCCGUGUGGAGUGCGGCCCUUGGGUGGGUUGGGAGCAGAUGAACUUCUGCGGAGAGAUGUACAUCUUGGAGAAGGGUGAGUACCCCCGCUGGGACUGCUGGAGCAACUGCCACAGGAAUGACUACCUGCUGUCCUUCAGACCUGUCAGAAUGGACCCAGAAAAGCAUAAGAUCUGUCUUUAUGAAGUUGGUGAAUUCAAGGGUCGUAAGAUGGAGAUUAUCGAUGACGAUGUUCCCAGUAUGUACACCUUCGGCUUUACCGACCGUGUCGGCAGCAUCAUGGUCAGCUGUGGCACUUGGGUGGGCUACCAGUAUCCUGGUUACCGUGGCAGCCAGUACCUGCUGGAGAAGGGCGACUACCGUCACUUCAAUGAGUAUGGUGCUCGUCAUCCCCAGUUUCAGUCCGUCAGGCGCAUCCGUGACAUGCAGUGGCACCCAGAUGGCUGCUACACUAUGGCCACCAAGUGAGGGCUAGGGAGGACGAGAAAGAGAGGAAACAGGGGAGAGAGAAGGAGAGGAGAAGAUGAAGGAGGGGGUGGGGGGAGGGCCAAGAAGGAGAGGAGGAGUGCACCACCCGUAUGAGUCAUUCUGGGAAGGGAAAAAAGGAGAGAGGGAUGGAGGUCAGUCAGGUAUAGACAGCAGCUUGGCAGACAAAAUGUCACAAUAGAAAAUGUGGCUGUUGAUAUCAGAUGAAAGCAUGGUUUUUUCCCCACCCCUCUUUAUUCUCUCUACUCUUCA